AUGAGGAAAAAAAUGAACAAACUGAUUAAUAUCGUCUCCUUUAGCUUGUUUGCACUUGUUCUUCAAGCUUGUGCAACACCUAUAGAGCAAAAAGGUGCAAUUUUUGUCAAAGGGAACGAACUUGGAAAAGCAGAUUCUAACUACUGGCUAUUAAAUGGAACUGCUGAAGCUACUCCAGUUAACUACACUACUGUUAUUGAUUAUUGGGAAUCCUUAUAUACCAAUCUUCAAUUACUCGGUAAAAGGGACUCCACUAUCUACACUCUAGUAGACACAUGUGUCGAUAAGUACUGUCAAAAGGUCACAAUUGAGAUAAUUAACGGAACUACUAAGAAUUAUCAAAUAGAAACUCAGAAUUUCUUUAAAAACAUGACUGACAGCAGCCUUGAUGGCGCUUAUGGGAAGCGUGAUGACGUCGAAUACGAGUCACAGUGCACUCGUAAAAUAUGUGGCAUGAAUGUAAAAAGUCUGGCCAAGUAUUACAAUCUAGCAGCUGCAACAUUCGACUUCACUAGUAACGUGUACACGGUCGCAUCAGACAUAGUUGACAGAAUAGUAGCCGCUUUCAAAAAGGAUAAAGAGGAAUGUUCAGGGUUUACCCUUGAGAAUAUCAUCAUCGAUCCCUACGUGUCAUGGAAUGCUUUCGUUUCAACAUACACUACUGGAAAAAACUGUGAUACUACUGCUAAGGAUGAAAAUAUAAAAUGUGCUGUCCGGACUGCGUUGGAGGCUGAACACAAUCAUCAAAAAACAGCCUUCUGUUUACAUAUUGAUCACGGUGGUACCUUCAAUAUGGAUAUUAGAAUUAUUGCUAAAACUUCAGUGGCCAUGGUUGAUCCUUGGAGGUUGCCUUGUGCUACAAUUGGCGAUGACUGGACCAAAACAUCUGACUGUUGGUAA